AAUUAAGUAAUGGAACCUCUGUCAAAUAUAUUGUCAUUUGCAUUAGAAAAGGUUUCUCAAUGGAAGUCUAUCAUGCUGCACACGGUACCAGAAAAUGAAAGGGUACCUGGUCCACCCAGAACAAAAAUGCUAAUUACGCCAAUGCUUUUCUCCGUCUCUCUUACAAUCUACCGCCAUAGAACAAACAAAUCUUCCAUGGUAUGCUGAAAUCAAGAGAUGAUACAUAUAUCGAAAGAUAUGUACAUAUACACGUAUACACCAUACAUUUAUGUUAGUCAAAGUACAUUCGUGUCGCUGCUGUCAGUUUUUUCAAUACACGCAUAUUGUACAAGUAUGUUUUUAAAAUGUCACAUCGUACAGUAGAUGAAAACGUCAAACCCAUAAAAAAACAAGCUAUAUAGUAAAACGUGAUUGAUAAAAGUGCGAAAUUAUCGUUCAGAUCGCUCGAAAUAAACACAGGUACCAUAGUUCAUCGAUUGCGGUUAUCCAGUGCCAUAUUUUUCGUUCCAGAACGUGGCGUUUAUUGCGCAAGAUCCGAUCACCAGCAUUUCGCCAUUUUCGUUGACCAUUCAACAGUUACAAUGAAAACGGCUAUAACCUAGCUUCGACUGUUACGCGAGAUACUGUAUAUCGAUUCAUCUCGAUAGUGAUCGAAAAUUGUCGAGUGUGAUCAAGAUUCUUUGAAAAAAUAAAUUCUAAAUCGAAGAUUAUUCUUUCUUUUCAUUUUCUUUCUCUCGACUGUUCGUAUCUUGCAUGUAUCGCUGUACUGGACGUUCCUGCGAACUUUACAGACUUUGAAUAUCGUAUUAAUAACAGAAAUUGAUGCACAUUAUAUAUAGGGUGAUUCAAAAAGAAUUAUUAUUUUGAACAUCUUUAAAAUCAUAAGAGUAAGAGGAACAUUUGUCCAAUAAAAAUUAUUAACUACUAAAGAGGUCAUCGUACGUUCAUAUCGAUUAUUUUGUAGGUGGAGUCGCUUAGGAAAUAUGAAGGUCAUUUCCAUUUUUUUAAACGCAACUACUUUCUUUACCUAAACCAAUUCACUGGAAUAUUUUACAUAAAAUAAUAUAAUGUCAGAAAUCGCCAACUGGUAAGAUUUAAAUCUCAUAAAUUUCAGUUGACCCUGUAUAACACAGAAUUGAUGUCCGGACAAAAUGUAUCGACGAGAGAAGCAACAAAACUAUGCAAUUGUUUGAACGAAGAAAACGAAGCACGUUGAAAUUUCUAGCCCACACGAUUUCUCAGCUUCUAUAGACCGUUUCUGUUCAUCUCUCUGUCUCGUUCUAUUUUUGGACCGCGCAUAGGUCAGUGAUAUAUACGGAAAAUGCUACAGUAAGAGUUAGCGAUGUCUAGUAGUAGCGAAGAAAAUAGGUAUAUGAGGAACAACAUGAUGCUGCAACGCGUGAAAAAUGAGUCCAACGAAAACAAAAUAAAGGAGGAGGAAGCUUCUACGUCGUUCCCUCUUGCUGAGAACUCCGACGACGAUGAUCCAAAUGUGGCCGAAGUGGUCCUUUCAAACAAAGGAGGCCCGAAAUUGAUUCAUCGUGGCUACAUGUAUACUUUGCAUAAGAAGCAACCGUAUAAUAUACGAUGGAGAUGCGUUGGCAGAACGAUGCAUUGCAGAGGUAGUCUUAUCACGUCGACAAAUUGUACGAAACCGAGGGUACGUAUGGAGCACAAUCACAAACCGGACUUCGCCGCUGCCCAGGUUGCCAGGAAACGAUACUUGGCUCUUGGCAAACCUUGCGUGUUAACAAACAUCGAAGGGAAUACAAAUCCUAUGAAUGCACCACAACGGAUGAUUCAUAAGGAAAAUGAUAUCCCAAAGGAGCAGAAAGGAAGUCGACUAACAACGACAACGCAAGCAACAGCUAGAAAAGUCCAAAAUGUAUUUAAUAAAUUGUUAUGUUUUAAUGGAAAGAAUGUUAUUUUGUUGAAUGGUUCUCCAGAAGAUGUGGGUGAAAAAAUAGAUAACUCCUAUAUUCUAUGAUUAAAUAACAAAUUUUAAUCGUUGAAGAUUGAAAGUUAUAAUAGGAUAAAAAUAAAUAACCUCCUAAGUACAGUGAAAUCUCGCUAUAUGGCUCGAUAUAUGGCUGCAGGAAUAGGCCUAAGCACUGAGAUUGUGCGCAAGCGCAAAAAUAUAGACAGCGAGAAUACGCACUCUAAAUUUGAAAAUUUUAACCUUUGAAGUGUCUAAAUCCUUAAAUAGAAUAGAAUGCGAGAAUAUUUGGGAUGAGUGUCUAAUAAAGAGAGAGCCAUAAAGAGAGACUCCAUUGUGAAGAAUUAAUUCUUAGUGUUGGUCUUUUGUGUAUCAUGGAUAUGUUCACAUGGGGGGACAUUAAUUAAUAGUUUUU